AUGCUUAUGAAUCUCCGAGGAUUAGGCUCUCAGAACGGUUUACGAUUAGUAGGGAAACGUUUGAACAGUGGGCUGUCAUCGUCGCUCUUAUCCGGAGAUGCUGGUCCAGAGAAGGACAACAGUUCGUGGAACAUUUUUAAAACAUUAUUCAACAAAGAAUCCACCACAAUAACCUACAAACGGGCGGUUGGUUCGGGUUUGUCCAGUGAUCAGGCUACUAGAACUGUCUCGUUUAGUAACCUUUUUUUAAGAGACUCGUCACAGAGUAAGAAAUCGGUAGAUCCGUCAUCGGGCCAAAAGCUAUUCCAAACCGGUCAGCUGCUUAUGAACCCCAGAUCUACCGUACCGCAGAAAGUAGAUGUGACAGCAGAUCGACAAUCACUGCAGAUCGACUGGGGCGAUGGCGAUUCCUUCACAUAUUCUCUUGAGUUUUUGGAUCGCUACUCUGGACACUCGAGUGAAGACCUAUCAGCAGCUUUACCGUUGGCUCAGCAACCACCAGUAAUUUGGGAUCAAGCGCUUCUCAAGCAGAAUAUCGGGAAGCUCUUGUCCGUCAACUACGGUUCGUACAUGGACGAAGCUAACCCGAGUGCUUUACUCAACACCCUAGAGAACAUGCGUAAAUUUGGUAUUUCAUUCAUUGCCGAGUUUCCAAAGGAAGAGCAGGAAACCCUGCUGAAAAAUGUCGCAGAGCGGAUUGGUCCCAUCCGUGCCACGUUUUAUGGCGAAGUUUUUGACGUAAUGAAUAAACCAGAUGCAGAGAACAUCGCAUACACAGCACAUAACCUUCCAUUGCACCAGGAUCUUCUUUAUUUGGACAGCGCGCCUGGCUGGCAGAUUUUGCAUGCCAUUAAAAACUCGUCUAGUGGUAGCGAAGCCGGCAUGAACUAUUUUGUAGAUGGGUUCAAUGCUGCCCGUUUCGUUCGUGAUUCAGAUGCAGAUGCCUACGAGGCACUGACACAGGUCCCCAUCAACUACCACUACAACCGCAACGAUAAUCGUUAUUACAAUUCUCGUCCAUUGAUAGUGGAAAAUGAGGUCAACACUGACAAACUAGUGUCAUCUAAUUACGCUUCAUUGGUAAAAGCUAUAAAUUAUUCCCCUAUGUUUCAAGCGCCUUUCGACUUUGGGAUUUGGGAUAAACCCAAGGGCCAGGAGCUAUCCACACCAAGCGGCAAAUUGACUCAAAGGCUGCUUUUCAAGGAUUUCCUGCGAGGCUUGGCUCUUUUUGAGAAAUUUAUAAGUCUUCCGGAAAACCAAUUCAGGCUCAAACUCCCUGAGAAUACAUGUGUUAUUUUCAAUAACAGGCGUCUCCUUCAUGCUCGCACUUCCUUUACAGGCCACCGAUGGCUGCGGGGCUGCUAUUUAGACGAUGACGCAGUGAAUAGUAGGUUGUCGUAUUUGCAGGAGUUAAACUGA